AUGUACAACGAUAAUAAUAUCAACAUUCAGAGCACGCAGCCUGGCAAGAUCCAGUGUCUUCUAGACACGCCCGACCAGGGCCUCGGUUACGUGAACGACUUUCGCGGUGCGCUGGUUGAAGGAUAUGGCAACUACCUGCAGGGGCUUACUAGCUGGAUCAACUCAAAGCUGAACCUCCAGAUGUCGGCUCAGGUAUCUUACAAUCUUCCCAUGGAUAUGGAAGCCAAUAUCCCUUAUGUCAAUGCCCCGGAAUGGGAGAGUCCACAGUUCGCCAGUAAUAUCGGCGGCUAUAGACAUCACCGACAGUGGCAACGGCCCCUCGGAGCACGCCACGCAGCUGCCUUCUACCGUUCUCGGCUACGAUUAUGCAAAUGA